ACCCUCAGUUUCGUCUUGAAGGCAGCACGAACGAGUCCAUGACUGUAGCCAUGGACCAAUCAUGCUGAAAUAAAGAUGUACGUUUUUGAUUUCAUUUUAAAUACCGUUGGGAUUUCUUUAAUCGAUCAAUGAUUCAAUUGAAAGGUUGAACCUUGGAUUAUUGAUAACCCGUAAGACUAAAUGCAGGGUUAAAGUCCACGGAUGUCAUGUUUCUUACUAAAGCGAAUCUGAAAGUUUGCAGUCUAAUUAAACCGCUUGCCUGAGAUAACUCCCCAGCGAGGAAUCUUUACCAGUCUUCUUCUGCAGGGGACAACAUCGCCACCCAUUGGUCAGAAAUGAGCCACUUUGAACCAGGGCCAACAGGUCUUAGCUCAAGUGCGUUAGCUGAUAAACUGUUGGAACUAUGGGCCCAGAAAGACCUGCAGAUGCUGGAUCGGGUCAUCCUCGAAGAAUUUUCAAAGCAGCGUGAUCCUCUUGAGACCCUGCUUACCGUUCUUGAAAGCAGCCCGGGCAAACAGCAAGGUCGAAGCCAGACUCUGGGUCUUCGUGUUCUGAUACAAUUUAAAAAAUGGAUGGAAGAAAAUCCACAGGUAACGCUGAGCUCACUACCAAAGCCACAUGCUUCAGCCCUGCAGAUUCGGGCUCUUGCUCUUCUGACGGAUAAGCAUAACAACUACAUUGAUGCAGUCAUCUCGAUAUUUCAACUCACAACUCUGGAUCCUGCCCCUCUCUACCAACAUAUUGUACAGCUGCAGGCUCUGAAGUGUUACAAAGAGGCAGCCAUACUUGGUAUGAAGUUAAAUCUGCAGGAAGAACUCAAUUUGGAAGAGGUGUGUGUCCCACUUAUCCUGCACAAUAAGAUGUCACUGGCCGAGGAAUUUGUCACAGGACACGAACACCUGGAAAAACAGCUGGUUAUGCUGCUAGACUCCUGGUGCCACUCUUACUUCUGCGCGCAGGAUUUAGUAACGCGAUAUCCUCGUCUCUCUCUGUCGAAGCACAACAUGGGUGCAAUCGAGUCCAAAGUCUUGACCAAACAUGUCUUGCGACUGAUGGAGAAGUUUAAAAUUGAUCCAGACCUGUGUCCCAACGCUCUGCACAAGAGACGAGAGACGUCGCUGCGCUUUCUAAUGUAUAGGAGAUUUGGGGAGAAAAGUAUGUCGGAGGAGAACUGGGUCGACCUUGUUCAGUACGUGGCUGCAGAUGACCCAGAAAUCCAUAUCCAGCUGGUGGAGAUGCUAUUGAGGUACAGCAGCCCUCAGAAAGCCGCUCAGUGGUCCCUAAGAUACAACAUCCCCCGGCAUCGACUUCCUCUCAGUGUCCUGGAGGCGCAGGACAGAUUACCACCAGAGCUACUAGAUAUAAAUAACACGUCACAAACAGAGUCAUGGAUCGUGUCUAACGACCACUGUCAGAGAUUUUACCAGGUUCCGCUCAGCCCAGACAAAGUUCACUUUGUCGACACGCUGGAUUCACUCCAGAGGUGUCGCAGGAUUCUUCACAAGGAAGGAGUUGUGGUUGGGGUCGACAUGGAGUGGCAGCCGACGUUUGGCUGCCUCACAGAGGAGAAAGUUUCCCUCAUACAACUGGCUGUACCUGACCAGGUUUUCUUAUUGGACCUGAGUACAAAGGGACUGUCGAAACACCAAGAUGUCAUAAGUCUGAUACAAGAUUUGUUUUCUGAUCCCACUGUCAUUAAACUGGGGUAUGGUGUUGCAGGAGAUCUCAAAUGUCUAAUGGCCACAUGGCAAAGUGUUUUAGAGCAGCCGAUUAAAAUUAUGGGGCUGAUUGAUCUACUUCACAUUCAUAAAAAGAUAAAAUUUCGGAAGCCUAAAAUGAGUCCAAACGGAUCCAGGCCGGUGCUGGUGGGAGAGGGUUCUUCAGAGAAAGGACUGAGUCUUUUGGUGCUUCAGGUGCUCGGAAAACCUCUGGACAAAACAGAGCAGUUAUCCCACUGGGAGAAACGUCCCUUGCGCACCAGUCAAAUAAGAUACGCAGUGGCAGAUGCCUAUUGCUUGCUGGAUGUGUAUUCUGUCCUCUCGAGCAACCCCUUGCACUUUGGGCUGCCAGCUGACCUGAGCAUUAUCUCUGCCAACCCACCAAAGGCCAAAGACAAAAACCAAAAACAAGCCAAGCAACUGAAAGAAGAGAGGAGCGAAGAGGAAUGUCAGGGGGCUCAAUGGGUCAGUCCCCCUCACAACCACAGGGAGAAAGACCUCCUGUGUGGUAAGAAGCCCUCAGAAGAACACCCCCCACUGAGUCCCCAACAGUUGAGGGUGGUGUGUGACAACAUGCUACAAGGACUGGGAAGAUACCUGCGCUGCUUAGGCGUCGAUGUGGUCAUGCUGGAGAAUAAUGAUGAUCACAGAGUAGCUGCCAAUUUGGCGCAGGCUGAAGACCGAGUCAUUCUAACAUGCGGACAACCUUAUCAGAGUUUGAGGUCUCAGGUUGGCGAGGGUCGCUGUCUGUCACUUGACUGUUCUGAAAAGGCCAAAGAUCAGGCUGUUCGAGUGCUGAAACACUUCAAUGUCCAGUUGACCACCAAUGAUAUAUUCAGCCGCUGCCAGGCGUGCAACAGUGAUGAGUACGUGGCCGUGCCCAGAGCAGACAUGAUGAGGAUGUAUCAACAAAAAGGAUUCCUGGUGGAGCAAGAAAAAGCAUCACUGGAAGAAGAGAACCUUGAGGACACUGUGACCGCCGAGCUCCCCCGCUACGCCCCACAGUGCCGCUGGGCCAACCUCUCAGACCUGGACCCGGAGACCUUGAGCUUUCCUGGAGGGUCACCCAUACAGCUCAACACUGUUCCCCUGCCCAUCCUACAGAAGAUUCCUCACUUCUACAUUUGCACCAGGUUGGGUGGCAGCAGCAGUCUAAACACAGAGGCACAGACUUCCUUCUCCCCACACACCUACCACACCUUCUCAGGUGGAAAACCUGGGCGUUUCCUGGACUACGGAGAAAUGUCAUCUCUCCGGCUCAUGCUAGGUCAGCUCUGCAGGAGGCGUCCAGGUGUCAUCCUGUCGAGAUGCUUGAGGCUGAGGGACAGCAUUUCCACUCUGAACCUCACCAGGAUGACCACGCUCCUCACCCUUACCCAGGGGAAGUUUCCAUCUAUCCUGUGGAAGCAACUUCUUUUGCCCUCUUUAACUGGCCAUCCUAUUCUUUCUUGUGAGAGUAGGAACAUGCAUCGACUGCUGCAUCUUGAGAUUUUUCUUUUGCCUCUUUUUCUUCAACAGGACUAUGCUCCACUGUAACCCCAAGAUAAUCUAACUCAACGAAUAGCUUCAUUUUCAGAGGAGAUGAUCCUGAGCCAAGCUGUCCAGCAUUCAGAGUCUAACAGUUGUAGUGGCAUCUGAAGGCUGAGGGUUGAUGGAGCAGACCAUCUAUGCGAAGCUGGGUAUAAGGGCACCUAAUGGAAAAAAAACCCUCUUUCUAGGUUACUUCUUGAAAUUCUGAGCACUUUACGUCAGGGCUGAAUCGAUGCUUUAAAUUUGCUGGCAAAGAUACACCUGGUAAAAAUGAAAAAAAUGGAACUGAUUUUUCAUUUUGUUCAGACAUUGUGCCUCUCUGCAGCCUGUUCAUAGCACUCACUUCAGCAUUCUUCCUCGUUCACUUCACAUCCAUGUCUGUUUCAACCCCUCUGAUGACAGGCAAAACACUGCAUGAACAUUGACUCAUGGAAAGGAGUGGUGCUUGGGGUCCAGGUAUAUUGGUAAAAAAAAAAAAAAAAAACUAAUGCAUGAUGUCAUGAGUGUGUUAAAACCACCAGCCAGCCAGAGCAGCAAAGAAAACGUCACCCUGAAUACUCAUCCAAGUGGUUCUAAAUCAGUGUUUCUCAAAUGUUUUGCCUGAAGGAAAAUCAUAUGUCUAGCACAUGGACAUUAGAGAAGAGUAAAAGUCCUUUGAAGUUCACCUCAAAGAACUUCAGUCACAAACUUUUUUUUUCUUUUUAAUACGAGCCAAUAACAUGAAGUUGUUGUGCCUUACAUGUAGGAUAACAAGUCACUUGUCUGGUCUGCACGCUUCAGAUGCCCUUCCUACAAGAUGUGUGUCAGUUUUGAAAUAUAAUUUUGGGAUAAUUGGUUACGCUGACAUCAGAGGAUCGACUUUCUCUCUUGGAAAAAAAGGAACAGCCAUAACCCACUUGGCAUGCAGCGCUGUCUGUGGCAUGAAAACUGCCUUUUGAUGCCGUGCACUCUCCCCACUUUGUGAGUUAUGACUGUGUUUUGUCAGCUUUUAAGAACAGAAAAUUUUGUUUUCUCAAUGUUUCUUCACAACUGCUGUUUUCUGGAGCCAUUAAAACAGAUGGUGUUCAUCAUCUUAGCUCCACUGGUUUGUCAGGUGUGACCGAGGUGGGGGGUUUCCUGGCCUGAGGCCUGGUCACAGAGUAACCAAAGACAAACGCCUGGAUUUCCUCUGUAUUUUCCCUAAACAUGCAGACUCUCUGUUCACAUUUCAUACUUUGGUUUUUUAAACUUGUGUUCAAACUGACCUUUGAAAAGUCUUAUAUUAAUUAUACUGAUGAAAUCGCAGUGACGGAUUCCCACCUAAUCUUGGAGCAAAACUGAUGACGACAGGGUCACCAACAUGUUGUAACACAGGAGAAAAGAAUCAAAUUUGAGCAGAGGAUAGCAAGGAAUAAGCAAUCGUCAGCUUGCGGAUCGAUGCUAGAAGAGCAGACAAAAUAAGAGGCCAAGUUACCAGCAAGACAGUGAAAGUCGAUCGGGCACACUGGAACCAGGGGGCUUAUCGGCAGCAGGUGGCAAGCUUGAUAGCUGAGUGGUCCCAGGUGUGUGUGGCAUUACCUGGUCAAGUUGAAGGGAACAAAGAGGAGAGAACACAGGAAGUGAGUGCCCAAAAUAAUCGCAUACCAUCACAAUAUUGCCCUUUUUAAAAUACCUACAAGGCUUAGCUGAGCAUCAUUAGUAUCUCUCUCUUCUGUAUACCCAACGCUGUGUCUUCACUUAGGUGGGCAGAGUAGUGAAGUGGCUUUUUAUCAUUCAUAAAUCUUCAUAGUGUAUGUGACUACUCACAGAUUGUUGCUGAGUGACGUAGUUUGAAAUUGCGCAAGGAUUGUAUUAGGAGGGGGGGGGCAACCUUUUUAUCACUGCAGAGUGGUCUAUGUUUGACCAUUUGAACAUGGCCCGGUGG